AUGACCGCAGAGGCAGAGGCCGCUCUCAAUGAGCUCUAUAGAGCGAUCCGGGACAAGAGAAUUUCGGAUAGUAUAGCUGGCAAGUCCACACCACCCUCCAUCGCAGCUAACGGGAAAUCUGACGUCGGUCUGGUCAUAUGUCAACAAACAGUUGGUUCGAUGGCAGUUUGGGUCUUCGACUACCUAAUGACAUUACCGGAAGAAGUCGAUUUGGUAUGGAGGUCGCAGUGGAGCUUGGUGAAGAUCGUGUACGUGCUAGCUCGAGCCGCCAAUCCGAUCCAUUUUGCAUUUACGCUCGUACACAAUCAAGCGCCUUACAUCACAGCAAAGGAAUGUGACAUCGCCUUUGGAAUUGCGCUAUGGACGGGGUUUCUUGAAGCUUUGCUAUGCGAAGUGAUAAUGUAUCUACAAGUAUACAUCUUCGCAAAGAGGAGCAGCUGGGUAGGAACGUACCUCAAGGCCCAAUACGUCGUCGCCAAUGGUACCAACACCAUCCUCCUAGCAUUCCUCAGCAAGGGUACAAGGCAUACGACCACUCAAUUUCCAGGCCUUCGAUGUACUCCCGAAAACAUCGAUAUGGAUCUCGUGGGUGCACCCUACGCAGUAUCCAUCGCGCCUUGGACUGUUCUCGUCCUAAUCACCCUCUGGCUAACAUUCUACAAGUACCGCUAUACCAAAAGCCGGCUGGUUACGGCCCUUCUCAGGGACGGACUUAUUUAUAUGUACGGGACUGUUUUGUUCUGUAUAGCAUGCACGAUAAUCGUGUAUGAGGCUCCAGUGCGUACCUUCCCAGUUUCUGGCUCUCUGCCUAACAUGGUUUGGAUUAACAUUGACCUGUCUCGACCAGAUUACAGUCAGAUGGAUCCUUGGAGUUCCAAAGGCAGCGCUGGCCAAUAUUAUCUUGUGUCGCCUCAUCCUUCAUCUCCGAGCCAAUAA